GGAAGACAGAAGGACAGGGGCCAGGGCCCUGGGAGCAGCAGAAGGGCCUCUAGCUCAAGACAGCCACCUUACCUCCACUCUGCUCUCUGCCAGCACCCUGCCCCAUCCCCCGGGACCCCCACCCCAUCCCUGACCGCACCCUCCGGCUGCCCGAUCUGCCGGGCUUUCCUCUAGAUUCCAGCCCCCUGGUCGUUGGUUCCUCCCUCUCUCUCCAGGCCUCCAUUCCUCUUUUUCUAGAUUCUCUUUCUCCAACACCCUCUUUGCAGAACCCUCUUUUGAACAUCAGUCCUUCCCCACUUGCUGACCUCUUCCCUUUGGAGGGCUGUGUGGCCCAGGGCUCAGAGGAGAUGCGGGAGGCUCGGUUCCCGGUCUGGCUGCUUCUGCAACUGCUGUGGGCAGCUGCAGUGGAGGCUCCAGACCCUGGGGCAGAGGUCCCGGUGGUGUGGGCCCAGGAGGGGGCUCCUGCCCAGCUCCCCUGCAGCCCCACAAUCCCCCUCCAGGACCUCAGCCUUCUGCGAACAAGACAAGUCACUUGGCAGCAUCUACCAGACAGUGAGCCCGCGGCGCUCUCCCCCCGGGGCCCGGGGCCCCGCCGCUACACGGUGCUUAGGCUGGCUCCCGGAGGCCUGCGCGUCGGGAGGCCGCCCCUGCAGCCCCACGUGCAGCUGGAUGAGCGCGGCCUCCAGCGCGGGGACUUCUCGCUGUGGCUGCGCCCGGCCCGACGCGCCGACGCCGGCGAGUACCACGCCGCUGUGCGCCUCGGGGACCGCGCUCUCGCCUGCCGCCUCCGUCUGCGCGUGGGCCAGGCGGCGGUGACUGCCAGCCCCCUCGGGUCUCUGUGGACCUCCAGUUCCGUCAUUUUGAACUGUUCCUUCAGCCGCCCUGAUCUCCCGGCCUCUGUGCACUGGUUCCGGGACCCAGGCAGAGUCCCCGUUCAGGAGUCCCCCCAUCACCUCUUAGCCGGAAACUUCCUCUUCCUGCCCCAUGUCAGCCCCUUGGACUCCGGGACCUGGGGCUGCACCCUCACCUACAGAGAUGGCUUCAAUGUCUCCACCACGUACAGCCUCACUGUUCUGGGCCUGGAGCCCCCAGUCCCUCUGACAGUAUACGCUGGAGCUGGUUCCAGGGUGGAGCUGCCCUGCCACCUGCCUCCGGGUGUGGAGACCCAGUCUUCCCUCACUGCCACAUGGACCCCUCCUGGGGGAGGCCCCGACCUCCUGGUGGCUGGAGACCAUGGCAACUUUACCCUUCUACUAGAGGCUGUGGGCCAGGCCCAGGCUGGGACCUACACCUGCGGCGUCCACCUGCAGGGGCAGCAGCUCAGUGCCACUGUCACUUUGGCAGUCAUCACAGUGACUCCCAAAUCCCAUGGAUCACCUGGCAACCUGAGAAAACUGCUUUGUGAGGUGACUCCGGCAUCUGGACAAGAACACUUUGUGUGGAGCCCCCUGGACGAGUGGUCUCGCAGGACCUCCGCAGGCCCCUGGCUGCUGAUGCCGGAGGCCAGGCUCCUUUCUCAGCCCUGGCAGUGCCGUCUGUACCAGGGGCAGAGGCUUCUCGGGACCGCCGUAUACCUCGCUGAGCUGUCCCGCCCAGGCGCCCAACGUUCCGGGGGAGCCCCGGGGGCCUGGGAAACAGGCCACCUUCCUCUCCUCAUCCUUGGGAUCCUCUUCCUCCUCGUGUUGGUGACUGGAGCCUUUAGCUUUCACCUUUGGAGAAGACGGUGGCGACCAAGAAGGUUCUCUGCCUUAGAGCAUGGGACUCACCCACCUCAGCCUCAGGGCAAGACAGAGGAUCCGGAGCCGCAGCCGCAGCUGAAGCAGCCCUGAGCUGGAGCCGGGCAGCCCCUGCAUCUCCGCACUUCAGUGCAAAUAAACUCCC